AUGUCGGGGGGGAUCAUGACGAGAAUGCAAGCGGAGGAGCGGGUGCUGGUCUCGAGGGCCCAGCAGGAGCAGGAGGCGACAAGGAGAAGAGAAGCGACAGCCAGCAGGGAAGAAGAGCAUCAGCGAAAGAUGGCUGAGCUCCAGGAGAGGCAGGAAGAGACCAAACUGUCAGAGGAAUUGACAGCCAUGCGGAUAGCAGAGGCCAGUCGUCGUCGACAUAUCUCGAUCGAGAUGAAAGAGCAGAUCAGAGAAGAUAGAGAAGAGCAGAGGAAGUGGUUCUGGGAACAAGAGCAUCAUCGACUUUUGAUCAUAGAGAAGCAUCGCAAAGUGCAGAUGGCGAUUAGGGCUAAGGAGAAGAACCAAGACAAACUGCAACACGAAUAUCUUUGUGAGGCCAGAAAGUUUCGGAUCAAGAGAAUAUUCCACUUCUUCGAUCAUGACAGGGAUGGAGUCAUAUCGCUGCAAGAUCUGUCCAAGAGACUCCGUCAGCUGGAGAAAACCUUCCGCAAGAAGGACGCUCAAGAUAUGAUGGAGGAGCUUUGGAGGCAUUGUCAAUUGUUUCCGGGCGCGUCAAAGGAGAGGCAAAGGGUAGAAAAGAGCGACAUCGAUGAUUAUCGAGGGAAACUUGACAAAGACGCCUUCUUUGAGAUGGUUCUCACAUGCUUGGAGGUACAGCCUGUCGCCAACACUGAAUCUCAAUACCAAGGGAUGAAGACCAGCGAGUACUACAUGCCUCCCCUCCUCGUCAGCAUCGUUGAGUUUCUCCUGCACGUUGAGCCAUGCGAUCUCUCAGUUCGAAGUUACGACGAGCUCGAGAAGGAGCUGCUCUCUGGGAAGGUCACAGUCGAGGACGGUAUGACUAUCCUCUUCCGAAGAUGCGGGACCCCAGCUCGAGUCGAUUUAGGAAACCUGCUUGGGUUCGACAGGCUCGUCGACCCAUUUGCUCAAUUUUCCUUCAAAGAUUUCUUGCGAGCGGUUUUGAAGACGAGGAAUGGCGAGUUCAUGGGCGAGAACUUCUUUAGAUAG